CAACUUUGUAAACUACGCUGUUUUCAGAGAGUGCCGCGUAAGGAUUAACGCGAGUGUUGCGUUUCCCGCAACAGGUUUUGAGCGGGCCAGACAACCGGGAAAAUCGGUGCCGCAACAUUCGCUUUUUGACGCGCCUCUCAAACGGUCGUGGUACUUUUCCGUGCGUGGUUCUUAUUUGAGCGCGAACUUUAUCAUCAACCAUGGCUCCGGUUCUUGGCUACUGGGACAUUCGCGGGUUGGCCCAGCCCAUCCGUCUGCUGCUUGCGCACGUGGACGCCAAGGUGGACGACAAGCGCUACUCGUGCGGACCCCCGCCGGACUUUGACCGCAGCUCCUGGCUCAACGAAAAGACCAAGCUCGGUCUGGAAUUCCCCAAUCUGCCUUACUACAUUGAUGGCGAUGUCAAGCUCACCCAGAGCAUGGCUAUCCUGCGUUAUCUCGCCAGGAAGCAUGGUUUGGAGGGCAAGACUGAAGCUGAGAAGCAGCGAGUCGACGUCGUUGAGCAGCAGUUUGCCGACUUCCGUAUGAACUGGGUUCGUCUCUGCUACAACCCUGAAUUCGAAAAGCUGAAGGGUGACUACCUCAAGAGCCUGCCGGCCUCCCUCAAGGCCUUUUCUGACUAUUUGGGAAGCCACAAGUUCUUUGCUGGGGACAACCUCACCUAUGUUGACUUCAUCGCCUACGAGAUGCUUUCCCAACAUCUCAUUUUCGCACCCGACUGCCUGAAGGACUACGCUAACCUCAAGGCCUUCGUUGACCGUAUUGAGGCUCUUCCUCAUGUUGCGGCUUACCUGAAGUCGGACAAGUGCAUUAAAUGGCCCCUCAACGGUGACAUGGCCAGCUUCGGCAGCAGGCUGCAGAAGAAGCCAUGAAACAAACAUUCAUUUUCUUUCAUUUCGAACAACGAUUUU